AUGACUGAUCAACAGGAACCGAUCAAGCAUCACGGUCAGCAGCAGCAACAGCAAAAGACUGUUCUAACUGCGAUCACUGGUGAACUGGACACCUCGAAUGCGAUUCAUAUACUUCCACAGUUCUUGAUGCCAUGGAGGGCGGGCGUGCUGUCAUAUUCCGCCUCUCUGUUGUCAACCAUUGUGGGAUACCCGUUGGACUCUAUAAAGACAAGAAUGCAAACGUAUAGAUUUGAUGGAAUCUUGCACUGCUUCACAAAAACAGUGAGAGAUGAAGGUGUACGAGGUCUAUUCCGUGGUCUCACGGCACCUCUCCUCUCAACAUCUUUUACAAAGGCCAUUGGAGUCACGGUGUACACCACCGUUAAGCCAUAUGCUGCAUUGUUGCAACUACACACGCUGAAACCGAUUACGGUGCCCGAUGACUCUUCAAAGAAGCUGAAGGCAAUGAUCCUGGCUGUGAAUAAUGCACCGGUAUCGUUCCUGGCUGGUGCAAUGUCAGGAUGUGCCUGCUCGGCAUUUGCGUCGCCUUUUGAAUUCACGAAGCUGUUUCAGCAGAUUUACGUCUUGAUGCAAGCAGACCUGAACCUGAGCCCUCGUCGUAUGCCAAAUACCACAUGGCAAGUCGUCAAGCAGAUUCGUCGUCACGAGGGAAUCCUAGGUUUGUACUCUGGUUACCGGUUUCACCUCAUGAGAGAUUCUCUAGGCUCAGCAUUGUACUUUUCAGUUUAUGAAACCGCAAAGAUUCUACUAGAAGGAUUCAGUACUCCACAAGGGACAAUUGCUGGAACAAAUAUCCCAAUGGGUGCCAUUUCAAUUACAAUAUCAGGUGCUCUAUCUGGUGUCUUCUCAUGGAUACUGGUGUUCCCUAUCGAUACCGUGAAAUCACUGACUCAGAAGGAUAUAGUAUCAAAUAUAAUCAGAGGUUUGGCACUGAAACAGCCUAAACCAAUCAUGAUGAGAUCUCUAAGGCUUCCAAACCGUUCGAUGUAUAGAGGUUUGAGUGUGAGUGUUAUGAGAUCGGUAAUCACGAGUACAGUGUUCUUUACUGCAUUCGAAUACUUCAUGAAACACAUAACUUAG